AUGUCGUACGCCUGUGGAACGGUGUGCCUGCCUGUUAUCCGAAGAGCCCUGCUGGCCUUCCUAGCCGUGGAGGCCGCGUACUCCUCCUACGACCUCUUCCUCAAACCGGGCGCCAUCUUCAUGUACUACCGCGUGAACGACAUGCUGAAUAAAGAGAAGAAGUAA